AAGGCGCGCACGAAGGGUGGUGGUGGUGGUGGUGGUGAGUUUGGGACCGACCGCGGGCUCCUGAGCGUUGUUUUAUUUGCUGUCGUUUUCUGCACGAAAGGGUGCAAGCUGGAGGCCAAGGACGGGCUGGAGUUAGGAGGGUGCUCCGGGGUGCGGAGUAGCACCCCUGCAACCCCAACUGCUACGUGAGUGAGCCCCGGUGCGCCACCGCGGUGGUGCAGCGCAGCGCCCGCCUGACCCGAGCUUUGCACCCCUGACAGUGGGCACCGCGGGCCGAAAUGCUCCUGCGGGACCUGGUGCUGAGCCGCGGCCGCUGCUGGCCCUCGCUGCUGCUGCACUGCGCGCUCCACCCGCUCUGGGGCCUCGUGCAGGUGACAUAUGGUGAGCCCCAGAAAUCCUGCUCCAAGGUGACCGACAGCUGCCAACACGUCUGCCAGUGCCGGCCCCCUCCACCGCUGCCCCCGCCCCCGCCCCCCCCACCACCUCCCAGACUCCUCUCGGCUCCAGCUCCCAACUCUACCUCGUGCCCAGCAGAAGAAAGCUGGUGGUCAGGACUGGCGAUCAUUAUUGCCAUAUGCUGUGCCUCCCUUAUCUUUCUCACUGUGCUCGUCAUCAUUUGCUACAAAGCCAUCAAAAGGAAACCACUGAAAAAGGAGGAGAAUGGCACAAGUGUUGCUGAGUACCCCAUGACCUCUUCACAGAACAACAAAGGGGUGGAUGUGAACAGUGCAGUGGUGUGAAUCAUGGAGGCACACCCGGGGCACUCGUAGACUUGGACAAGCAAAGGAACAUUAACUGAUGUUGGCUUUAUCCAGGACUUUACGCCUCCAGCCUUUGGAAGAAAAAAAACAUCUUGGAAGUCUAGAUCUGGUCACCUUGUGGCUGGAGCAGCUCCUGCACAGAGUACUUGGGGCAGCACCAGCAUGAAGCUGUCCACUGUCCUGCUCAGUCUGGGGUCAAUCAGUUUUCUGCCCAUGGCUGCCUAAAGACAGUCUGUUUCUUUUUGUCUCUCUGUCUGCUGCAGAGGGAAUGCAACUCCUUUGUCCCAAAGAAAAGCAAGGCAGGGCCAAUCUCCAGCAAAAAAAAAAACAACACCCUUCCUUCUCCUGAAACCCCUGCUGCUCUGUUGGCCACACUGUUUCCCAUAGAACCCCUCUGCACAGCCUUGAGAUCCCCCUUUACAAAGGUGCUUCUCACUCACCUAUCCUCCUCCCAUCCAUGAUGUUCCUGUCAUCAUUUUCCAUCAUAUUCCUGUCCCCCACUGACACAUGGCCCCCUGUCUCCCAAGUCCCUGCCUCUAGGGGCUAUGAGCCCAGCCUGAAAAGCCACCCCC